AUGAAGCACGUCGACGAUGCCAGCGCCGAUAACAACGCUGCCGGCGACGGCUGGUUCAAGAUCUGGGAGAUGGGCUACGACGAGUCCGCCGGCAAGUGGUGUACCGAGAAGCUAAACGACAACAAGGGCCUGCUGUCCGCGCAUAUCCCCGAGGGUCUCAAGGGCGGUUACUACCUCGUGCGUCCCGAGCUGUUGGCCCUGCACGCCACCCAGGACGAUCCCGCCGAUCCCCAGUUCUACACCGGCUGUGCCCAGGUGUUUGUCAAGGGCAGCGACAACGGCGUCGUGCCCGAGGGUGUCCACAUCGGCGAGGGCACCUACGACCUGAGCAACCCCGCGCUGACCUUCAACAUCUACGAGUCACCCAUGAAGCUGCCCUACCCGCGCGUGGGCCCCAAGGUGUGGGAGGGUGCCGGCAGCAAGGCUCGUCGCGAGCAGAGCACGAAGUUGGUGCAGGACAAAGGCCUCAAGCCUGAGGGAUGUAUUCUGGAGCGCGACGACUGGUGCGGCUACGAGGUGCCCGCCUAUGACAACGAGGAUGGCUGUUGGGAGGUAAGAUCCUUCUCUCUUUGA